AUGGGAUGUACAUCGUCUUCAAGUGAUGAUCAUAUCAAAGUAAAAGUGGAUAUGUCUUGGCCGGGAGGUAGAAAAAAAAUUGUCAAAAAGAUUCCCGUAUCAACUACAGUUGGUCAAUUAAAACAAAAACUAAAUGCACCUCAUUCGCGACUUGGAUAUACACAUAAAAUUGAAAAUUGGGAUAAUGGUCGACCACUAUCCGAUUAUUUUGUUAAAAAUGGUAAACAAUUCAAGUGUACUCUGCAAUGUCGUAAAGAAUAA